CGCCGAGGAUAAGGCGGCGGUGGAGAGGAGUAAAAUGAUCGACCGCAACCUGCGGGAAGACGGCGAGAAGGCGGCCAAGGAGGUGAAGCUGCUGCUGCUCGGUGCUGGAGAGUCUGGGAAAAGCACCAUUGUGAAGCAGAUGAAGAUUAUCCAUGAGGAUGGCUACUCAGAGGAGGAAUGCAAACAGUAUAAAGUGGUUGUGUACAGCAACACAAUUCAAUCCAUCAUCGCCAUCAUCAGAGCCAUGGGGAGGCUAAAGAUAGACUUUGGGGAAGUUGCCAGAGCAGACGAUGCCCGGCAGCUGUUCGUGCUGGCUGGGAGCGCGGAGGAGGGAAUGAUGACGGCUGAGCUGGCUGGAGUCAUCAAACGGCUCUGGAGAGACCCUGGAGUGCAGGCCUGCUUCAGCAGAUCCAGGGAAUACCAGCUGAACGAUUCUGCAUCCUAUUACCUAAAUGACUUGGAUAGAAUAUCCCAGCCGACCUACAUUCCGACUCAGCAGGAUGUGCUGCGGACCAGAGUGAAAACUACAGGAAUUGUGGAGACUCACUUCACCUUCAAGGACCUGUAUUUCAAGAUGUUCGACGUGGGAGGGCAGCGCUCGGAGCGGAAGAAGUGGAUCCACUGCUUCGAGGGAGUGACAGCCAUCAUCUUCUGUGUGGCCCUGAGUGACUACGACCUGGUGUUGGCUGAGGACGAGGAGAUGAACCGGAUGCAUGAGAGUAUGAAACUCUUUGACAGCAUCUGUAACAACAAAUGGUUCACAGACACCUCCAUCAUCCUCUUCCUGAACAAGAAAGACCUGUUUGAGGAGAAGAUUAAGAAGAGCCCACUAACGAUCUGCUACCCAGAGUACACAGGCUCCAACACGUACGAGGAGGCAGCCGCCUACAUCCAGUGCCAGUUUGAGGAUCUGAACCGGAGGAAGGACACCAAGGAGAUCUACACCCACUUCACCUGCGCCACCGACACCAAGAACGUCCAGUUCGUCUUCGACGCCGUCACCGACGUCAUCAUCAAAAACAACCUCAAGGAAUGUGGGCUCUACUGAGAGGGACCUUUUAUUGCUGUGGGAUGUGGAAUUAGGGCACAGUGAAGCCACGUAGUGGGAGUAGAUCCUCCUGGCAUCGUUGGACGGCGUGAUCUCCGGGAUGUGCGGUGGAUUCCAGCUGGAUUCCAGACCCUGGAUAUGUAGCUUUCUCUCUUCCUUUGGUUAACAAGCCACCACUAGUCUGUUUUUAAGGUUAUUUUUUUUUUUUUCCAUCGAGAAAACUAUAACUUUACUAAACUUUAUUUCUUUAUUUGCAAACCUUGUUUUAAAAAUAAUAAUAAUUAAAAAAAGCAACAAAAAAAAAAUCACUUAACUAUGCACAUGUGAGCAGAUCCUGCAGAAAAUAUUCCUCUUAGCAGGAAUUCCUUGUUUUUAACACUUGCUAUGGCCAGGAUUUAAUAUUUCUGCAGCUACUAAGGGAUCCUUAGAGCUUCGGCUUUUUUUCCAUGUGUGAUUUGUUACCAUCCUGCUCCCCCCAGGCUUUGGGAAAGGCUCCUGCAGCAGAAGGAGGGUUUAGGUUCUGUUGGGGGUUUGAGCCCAGUUUUAUGCCAGUAUGGGAAGGGAUUUGUGCUCAGCAUAAUCCUACCUCGGUGGGGAGAGGAGCUGAGGCCUCACUGGGGGGAAAACUGCUGCUUCCCAGCUCCCAAACCACUGAUUCCUGUGCAUUUUUUGGGAUGAAAACGGUGGAUUAUUCUGUGCUGCCGUUCCCAUGGCCCUCCCUGCCCAGCCCUGUCCUGAGCAUGCCUUUACUUUGUCUGUGUGGUGCCAAAUCCCUGUUUCCCUCUAGUGCCAUCCCUAACCAGUCCUACAUUCCUUUGCUGAUACAUGAUUGCAUCCAGACUCCUCCCAGUUUGUCAUGUGUACAGUUGGAUCUGUUAGACUUGUUGGCAGUAUUAAAAUGGUGAGUAAAGACUGUAGCUUUUUC